AUGGAGACCCCACCCGGCACGACACUUUCCACACCAUCACCAACAGAACUCCAAGAUAGAGAUCCUGUAGCUGCCGAAGCCGAGAAGAUCGACAUGCUCAGCACCAAUGCAUCAAAAGGAUUGAGACCAAUAUAUCUCGUGGUCGCCACCACUCCAUGUACUAUGAAAUCCAGUAAUGGCACAACCAAAUCAACACUGGGAAUCGGAAAGGAUGGAAGUCUGCCAUGGCCGAUGAUCAAAGCAGACAUGAACUAUUUCAAGGAAGUCACAGAGAAAGGCACGGCGACAGAUCCUCACUCUACAAUAUCCAACUCAGCAGUAAAUUCUGUCAUUAUGGGACGGAAAACGUAUAUUUCUAUACCACAAAAAUUUCGACCUCUGGCACGAAGGAAGAAUAUUGUCAUCACGCGUUCUGGUGUCGGUCAAGUCGUCGACCAGAUUCUGGACGAUUUGAAAGAGCAAAAGCAGCAAGCGCAGCAGUGGGCUUCUAAGAAAUAUGGCGAGAAGUGGCUAGAAGUCCUAAGCAAUCAACAAUCAGAUCUGACUAUGCUGGAACUGAAGAAGUUGAGGUUGGCUCAGUCUGAUAUCGGGAUUGAGACAAAGCCUACUGGAUCUUUGAUUACCAUCGAAAAAAUCCCAGAAUCAGCUAUUGCUGUCGUUGCUUCACCCCAGGCUUCAGUCGAUGAGGCUAACGAAUCCGGUAUCUUCUGCAUAGGAGGCUCGGAAAUCUAUAAGUCAUUCCUACAAGACGAGCAAAUGCGACCCAGGCUGCGGAUACUACAGACUGAGAUUGAGAGAACUGAUGGCAGUGACGGCUACGAAUGCGACACAUUUUGGCCUGAAGAUCUGGAAAACCAGGCGAACAACUGGCACGAGGCUGAGAAGAGUGAAGUAGUGUCAUGGACAGGAAUCCAGCUGCCACAGAAAGAGCUCGACUGGCACUACGAUGAGAAGGUCGGAGUGAGACUCAGAGUGAAAGGAUGGAAACAGAAAGGAGCGUAG